UCGUCGUUGCGACUGGACCGGACCGUCGAAAGGCGUGAUUAGAAUUUCAAGUGCCACCCACCACCAGCCUGGUUGUGAUUGACAGAAGAAUAUACUAGAGUUCUUUUGGCCGAAGGGAAUGCACAUCCGGCCCUUUUGAUGAUCGAACAGUCGUAAAAGGUCCGCGCCCAAAACCCAAGACAGCAAGAGGAGUGUGUGCCAGUUAUUUGUGCAGUGUUUAGCCAAGUGGUAACGACGAAAAACUGUUUAUCCAAUAGAAAGAAGUGCGACGACGCGGAAGGUAGCGGAGGAGUAGAAGUAGCAGGAGGAGGAGGAGUAGCAGCAGCAGGAGCGGCCAGUCAUAGGCAGGCAGCAAAAUUACACCAAGCAGCAAUUAGAAAGACGCAACAAUGUUUCCGCUUCAACGAGGAGCGGCAACAUGGUUAUUUCUCGUGUUAACGACACUCACACUGGCAUGGACGACGGUGUCGGCGGCGGAGAACAACCAACGAGUGGUAUGCUACUACACCAACUGGUCGGUCUACCGGCCCGGAACGGCCAAGUUUAACCCGCAGAACAUCAAUCCGUACCUGUGUACUCACUUGAUCUACUCAUUCGGAGGCUUCACUAAAGAGAAUGCCCUUAAGCCGUACGACAAGUACCAGGACAUUGAGAAGGGCGGCUUCGCCAAGUUCACCGGCCUCAAGACCUACAACAAGAACCUCAAGACGAUGCUGGCCAUCGGCGGUUGGAACGAGGGUUCGUCGCGGUUUUCGCCCCUGGUAGCCGAUUCGAAACGGCGGGAACAGUUUGUGAAGAAUACGAUCAAAUUCCUGCGGCAGAAUCAGUUCGACGGGUUGGAUCUGGAUUGGGAGUACCCGGCCUUCCGGGAUGGAUCGAAACCAAAGGAUCGGGAAAACUACGCCCAGCUGGUGCAGGAACUGCGCGAGGAAUUCGACCGGGAAUCGUCCAAGACCGGACGGCCGAGGCUACUGCUGACGAUGGCCGUGCCAGCCGGUAUCGAGUACAUCGAGAAGGGCUACGACGUGGUCAAGCUGAACAAGUAUCUGGAUUGGUUCAAUCUGCUGACGUACGAUUACCACAGUGCGUACGAACCAGCCGUCAACCACCAUUCGCCGCUGUAUUCGCUGGAGGAGGCAUCCGAGUACAACUUCGAUUCCGAGUUGAACAUUGACUACAGCAUCAAGUUCUACCUGAACGCCGGUGCCGACCGGGACAAGCUUGUUUUGGGCAUUCCAACCUACGGUAGAUCGUACACGCUGUACAACCCGGACGCCACCGAAAUCGGAUCGCCUGCGGACGGCCCUGGUGAUCAGGGUGAUGCCACUCGGGAGAAGGGAUAUCUGUCCUACUACGAAAUCUGUACCGCAGUGAAGGAAGACCCCGAGUGGACUGUGGUUCAACCGAACCCAAGUGCUAUGGGCCCGUACGCCUACAAGGGAAACCAGUGGGUUAGUUAUGACGAUGAAGCCAUAGCCAGGAAGAAGGCCAAGUACGUAGCCGAGCAAGGACUGGGAGGUGUCAUGUUCUGGUCGAUCGAUAACGAUGACUUCCGAGGAACGUGCCAUGGAAAACCAUACCCGAUCAUCGAAGCCGCCAAGGAGACGCUGCUUGCCAGUACGGAUGUUGGUGUCAACGACAUUGCUGCUCCAAGCUCCCGGAAGAAGCCAUCAAGAUCGCGUAGCCGACCAGCAACCAGUACCCGUAAUCGAUUGACGACCGACAACAACAUUGAGAUCAAGUCUUCGUUCAAGAGCUCCCAGAGCAGGAAGAACAGCCGGCCAGCACCACGCGCAACAACUACAACCACUACGUCUACCACGACUGAAGGCUCGCUGUACAUUGGAGGUCGUACGACCACUCCGCAGCCACCAACCACUCCGGAUCCGGGAGCAGACUUCAAGUGUACCGACGAGGGAUUUUUCCAACAUCCACGCGAUUGCAAGAAGUACUUCUGGUGUCUGGACGCGCCCGGUCUCGGUCUCGUUGCCCAUCAGUUUACGUGCCCCUCUGGAUUGGUGUUCAACAAGCUUGCCGAUUCUUGUGACUACGCUCGCAAUGUGGCCUGUUCGAAGUCCGCCCCAUCUACGACUACCACGACAACCACAACGUCAACGUCAACGACCACGACUACAACGCCAGCACCACGAAGCCGCGUUACGGUUGCCACGAGUCGGAACAAUUUCUUCAACCGGGCUCUAACCACUACGACCACCACGGAACCUCCGAUCGAAAUCGAUUACUCUGACGAGGAAGAGGACGAGGUUCAGUCGGAGGAAGAUCCGCAGGUAAUCAAAGAGUUGAUUGCGUUGAUCAAGAAGGUUGGAGGCAUUGAAGAACUUGAACGCCAACUGCAAGCCCAGGAAGAUGGCUCGAUUGUGCUAAAGAGUGAAAAGGCGGAUCAGAUUUCGACGACUCAGUCCACGAUUAGCAAGAGUUUGUACGAGCGGGUUCUGAGCAGGGCCGGUAAUGGUCUGCAGAAGUUCCGACCGGCACUGACGUUUACGCAGACGGACAAAAGCGGUUCGACGGAGAACAAAUACUCAUCGGUGGUGAGGAACACGAAUUCGAACUCUUACACGAACAGUCGGGUAACCGCCCAAAACGAAGGAAUCGAGCAGUUGCCGGAGUUUGAGGGAGUGUUCAAGGAACGGCCAAAGUACGUGACGCUGAACCGGGCGAGACCGACCAAGGCUAGCAUUGAGGAGGAUGCGGACGAUCAGUCUGAUGAAGAUGCAAUCGAUGUGGAGGAGAAUCAGCCUUCAACCUAUUCUACCCGGAGGCCGACGUCCAGCCCGAAGUAUGUGAGCAUUCGCAGACAGAGACCGACCACAGUUGCCGAUGCGGAUGUCGAAGAGGAAGAGGAACAGGAGCAUGAGCAGCAACCGCAGCAGCAGCAGUACAGUAGUGUGAACCGGAACCGGUUCCGGCAGACGACUACGGAAGAAACCGUAGAGGAGGUUGAACGGGUGCCAAGCCGGUACAACACGAUCGAACGUCGUCGAGCUACCGCGCAGUACAACCGUCUGCAGGAAGGUGACAAAGAUGAUGUAGGCACUGAUUCGUCUCUCUUGGUACCUUCUACCGAUUACGAAACCAUUUACACUACAUCGUCCACUACCGAUGCACCAGAACAGUUUAUCACGUACAAUACACGACAGUACGCCAGCUUAGAACGUAGCAGCACGACCGAGGCUACACCACAGACCGGUGGCCCAAGCGCUACGGAUCUAACGCAGUCCAUUCCAACCACCACCACCACCACUACAACAUCAAACGUAUACAAUGUACAGUACAACUUCAAUACAGACUUACAGACGGAUCUUCCCGAGCGGGACGGUUCGUUACACACUGUUUCCGAUCUAGAUUUAAGUAGAACGGCCGACUCGGACAGCCUGACGACGGACGACGCGGUGACCGUAGAUUAUAGCAAGAACGAACCGACCUACGAGGUAACCACUUUACUAAACCUAGGUGAGAGUGUUACUGGUAGUAGUGUUAGUGAGUUGGAAGCGAGUGUUUUUAGUAGUAGUGUUGGUACUAGUGGUGAAAGCGUUAAUCCUAGGAUUCCGGAUAGCGAGGAUCAGCUAAGGUUGCUGACGUCUUCGCAGCCAGCCGGGACGACCACCUACGACAGUGAGGUUCCGACCACCCCCGUCAGUCCCCCAACAACAACAAGCGUUAGCACAACUAGCGAAAAGCUGACCAGUACUAACGAUGAACAGUCUAACUCGAUUUACAAAUUUUCACCAAGAACUAGGAAAACCACCACCACCUCUAGUCCCCUAGAAGUUGUCACUAAUAAGCAAGAGUUCGAAUUAACCCAAACGCAGGCUGCCCCACGGCCGUUUGGCGGGGUGGCCCGGCGUACUCGUCCAACUCGUCGUCAAUCGAGCAGUGCAACCACGACAGCUACAGCUCCCGAAGAAUCUACCACUCUACGCUCGGUCAAGGUGAGUUAUGCCAACAGCCAGAGAUUUGACCUUUCAGCUAGACGUAGAAGUAGCGUGGCCGGAUCGACAACUGGUGCCGUGAAUCCUAGCAAUAACGAGGUAGGUAACGCUAGUAAUUCCUUCACCAGCGAACCGAGUCCACGCCCGAGUCGUACUCGGGGCUUCCGAGGCCGAGUACGGUUCGGACCUUCUACCGAACCAAUUUCCGUUUCGACUGAAUCUGCUACUGUUGUAGCAGCCGAGCCCACUCGACGCCGGCAACAGUCGGACUCUUUUGCACGUAAUCGUUUCUCUUUGAAUCGGGCUUCCAGCCGCGUGUCGGCGGAAGCACCAAGUACUACUACCGAACGAAUCACCACCGCGGAGCAGCCAGUUGAGCAAUCAACUGCUAGGGCUUCACUCAGGAGGUUGAACUUUAAUCAAUACAGCGGUAGAUCAAGUACCGAACCGACCACAACAACCACGGUUGAACCGGAAAUUGAAACGGAUUCGCCGGUCAUCAAUUUGCAGGUCAAAUCCCACUCUGGAAUCGACGAGGAUCUGUUCAAGACUCAAGAGCGUAUUCUGCUUACGCUGGGAACUGCUUUACAGUACGGAUUCAGUAAUCGUAAUGAGCUGAACGCACGAAAGGUUCAGGAUACCGAACCUCGACUCGUCAAAGGAACCGUAAACGAUUCACCGAUCACGAAUGUAGCUCGCGAACGCGAACGCUCCACGGUAAAAUCUAGUUCGCAAGACACUAUCGAUAACCGUCUCGCAGAAGACAUCAACGAGAUGGCUACGGAUCCAGCUGCCGGACCAACUUCCGAGCGUGCUUCUUCUGCGGUCGACACCACCAUCGGUGAUCAGGAACGCACCAAUGACUACACUACCGUGUUCAGUGUGAACGCGGCUGAAGUGGAAACAACCACACCAGGGUUGCGAAGGUUUUUAACCACUCUUCGCGGUCGAUCACAAUCAACGACCACGGAAUCCAGUGACACCACGCUGAAGGUCGUAAUAUCGGAAGUCAACACCAACAAGACAUUCAUCCCGGGACGACCUCGUCCAACGCGGCCAAGUCGAUUCCGCACGUCCACCACGGUUAGCUCUUCGGAAGCGGUAGCCAAUGAAGCAUCGACUCUCAGAUCAAAGUUCCCAACGCGGAAAACUUUUGUAACUCCAAACACGAAUGCCAUCGCCAAUGAAGACGUGGAGAAACCUUCCCGAAGACCAUCGCCUUUCAUCCGGCGUCAAAGGCCAACACUCUACACCACCACAGCUGCCACCCCCACCGCAGAGUCUUCUCCAGAUAGCGAUAAUAACGAAAUAACAGAGAAGACACCAGGAAUCUCGACAACCGUAAGUAGACGUCGUUUGGGUCGUCGAAAACUCACUACAACGGCAAGCACAAGCGAAAAACCCGUUGAAGAAGUUCGACGAGAACGCCCUGCUGGAUUCACCAGACGCCAACGACUACCGUUUGGACGUUCCACCACCGCCAGCACCACGGGUGCUGAAGUCCAGACAAGCAGGUUUCGUUCGGCUGGAACCACUACCGCAGAACCGUUCACCGCUGAACCAACCUAUCCGGACAGUGCCGUAGGAAACUCCGACUUUACGACCGUUAUUUCAGACGUAUCCAACGAAAUCGAAUCCACCUUCAUUACCAACGAAGUUCUCACGAGCGAUAAUCUUAUGCGACGGCAGUUACCCGAUUCCCGUGAAGAGAACAAUUCGGAAGAAUCCACUGAACUGCUGUCCACCAUCGUCACCGGUGAACCUUCUACCGAAACAACUCCAACUCGUCUUCCGUCCAGACGACCGGUGUUGCAACGCUUCAACGACAAUCAACAGAUUGAAUCGGAAGUGGUUCCCAGUCGCAGUCCCAACCGUAACUUUGGAACUACUCGACGCAAGUUUGGUGCCUUGAGUACCACAACAACGGAAUCUCCGGAAGUAUCCACUAUAAAGAAAUUCAUUCCCUCACGUUCAAACCGUCCAUCUUUCUCGUUGUCAAGAGCUCGGGCUUCCGUCAGCACAACUGAGAGCCCAACCGAGCAGGAUCAGCCGGAUCAACCGACAAGCUCGACGAGUCGUUCCUUUACGCCAUCUCGCCGGCGAACUCCAGUGAAUUUUGGCACCCGAACAUCCAGCACCACUGCAACGAGCGCCGGAGAUGAUACGGAAGCGUCCUCCAGCCGACCACUGACUCCAACCCGUCGGCGACCAACUUUCAAUACUAGCCGAACGCCACGACCGCAGUCGUUUGAGGAUUCGUUCGACAAAGGUUCAGUGGCACCAGCAGCUGUGAAGCCUAGCACGAGCAGGGUAAGCCGACCAUCGUCGGCGUUGCUUCCGCGAAGACCAAACAUAUUCGCUCGUACAACGACGACCACCACGGAAGCGUACACGGACUUUGAAACGGACGAGAAAACCACACUGGAGGAGGAAACCAGUGGCGAGCGGUAUGGACCGAGUACGCGCAGGUACAGCGAGACCAGACGUCCGUCGUCAUCGGAAGAAAGGGAUGGAGUGACGGGACGCUUCAGCGGAGAGGUUGAGGACAGCGAGAACGAAGUUCAACGGCAGGGUAAGAGAUUGUUUGGACAGUUAGGAAGUGGAAUCAAUAAUUUAGAUGAUGAGGGUGGACGAUCGCGGGAACGAGGUUCAGCGGAGGUUGUAGGAUUCAGGAGACCUGGACCGAGGAUUAUAGGAUCGGGAAGUCGAGUGCAGGCACCGCGAAACAAUACAAGGUUCAUUUUCUCGAACAAGGAUCAGGAAGGAUCAUCGACUACAGCCAGGACAAUCACGACGAGAGCUAGGAGGGUAUUUGGAAAUGUUGGAGGAUACAAACCAAGUAAUGGAACAAACGCUAGCGCUCCGUCUGGUGGCAGUUUUACUACGGCUAAACCUCGACUGACUACUAGCAUUAGGUCAAGGCCGAUCUUCGGUAGGUCACGGUCUACAACCGCAUCGGGAGCUUCCGGAGAAGAUAAGGUUGCAGCACAACGGGUGAACGAAUCACAAGGAGUCUUGACUACGAGACGUUACCAACCGAAGAAGCCUACGCGGAAGACGAACUUUACGACCGCUUCGUUACCUGUGGGCGGAAGUCGAACCCGAGCAAAUCUUUUCAAUCGUUCCCCGUCAGUAGUACUAACAACAACCGAGCAAAGCUCGGACCUAAUCCAACCAGAGACGACACUCCGGAAUGUAGAAUCACAGACUCCGGCGAUACUGUCGGUGCUGCCAAUUGGGCAGAAAUCACCGUCACAGCCAACCACCACACCCACCACACUCGAUAGCGAGAACGAAAUCGAGAACACCACGUCAUACGAAGAUACAAUCAACACAGUCAGAACUACAACCGAAUACUACACAGCAUCCGAUGAAACUCUGUACACGACACUCAAUACGGCCGACACAAUUUACACCAUUAAUGAUAAUAUCGAUAUUGAUGAUGUCAAUGUAUUGCAGGAACGUAGUAGAACAUCCACCACCACGGUCCGACCAACGACGCUCUACCACAUAUUCUCGAUCGACAAGGAGAGCGAAUCGAUGCCGUCGUCGACGGAGAUUUACCGCACGGAAGAGCAGGAGAUCGAACUGCCAUCGACGAACAAGACGGCGGACAAACUGGUCGAGAUCCAUCGAGUGGUGGAGAUCUACACGAAGAACACCAGCAAUCCGGACGAGAUCCCAGUCAUGCAGAAGCUGGGUGAAAUCAAUCGCAAGAUCAUUAUCAGGCUGGUUGAACCGAAGAACAAGACGGCCGAAACCGCCGAAGAGAAGGAGAAGAAGAGUCGAACGCUAGUGUUCGCCGAUAAUAUCUUCAAUGUGGAAACGUCCACGAUUCCGCUGGAGGGUUUGUUUGAUGCCGAUAAGGAUGGAAGAACCGGUCGCACGGAAUUUCAAACGACCGAGUUCAACAUGGAGGAAGAUUUGACGACCGUUGCACCACGAGUGGAGAUCGAACGUAUCUCUAGUGUGGACUUUGGAUCGACGGAGCAUGACCAGGAAGAACUGGUCACGAUAACGCCUCUGAUUGCCGAAACGGAACGCUACACUCAGGUAACUACUUCUCCGCUUAAGCCGGAUACGGAACGAUGCGAAGAUUUUGAAGACAGUACGGUGAACGAGGAGGAAGAGGCUACGGAUGACUACAUCGAAGAGUUGCCAACGACAAUGCCGGUUCAGUCUUCGACGGUGACUACCACGACAUCGACUACGACGACGACGACGACAACGACUACGGAGGACCCAACGACUCUACCUCCAACCGAGGUCCCAGUUUCGUCUUCUACGCCGAUUGUUCACAAGUACACGAUUCCGGCGGAGUUUGCUUUCGUAGAACCAUCCGAAGAACCGACAACAACUACGGCAGCUCCAACAACCAUGCCACCGACCACCACGACUACGACCGCUGCCCCAACCACCACGACAACGACGACAACAACAACAACAACUCCAGAGCCAUCAACGGCAGCUCCUGAAACUCCAGCUCCGGAGCGUGUACGCCCACUGGUUAUUCCCAGUGCGGAGACAAAGAAGAAAUACACGAAGCGUCCCAGGACUACUACUGUCUACCGACCACAACUAGACUUUAUUUACACUAACGAAAACUCAAGUGAAGAUGAACCGGCUGUCGCAGUCGAACAGGUAACUGAACCACUUCACAGCACCUCCACCCAAAAAGUACAAAGCACCAGUAGAAAGUACGUUCCCUCGAUAGCACUGCGAUCCCAAGGUGACGGUUUGUCCUUCAGAAAGUCCAAGGAUAUUCAGGUAGCUCAACUGCCAAAGGCAGCCGCCUCCAAGGCAACUACCGUCAAGUCAACGAGGCUAACGACCACGACGACUCCGGCAACUACCACAACGCCAACGACCACCACAACCGAAGCACCUGUGACCAAGGUGGACUUCAACAUCAAGUACGUUCUACCGGUGUUCAAACCGGAUCUGGCUACCGAGCUCAAGAUCGAAAGCAAGAACGACAAGUACAGUGUUCCACUGUCUUCCCUCUACCAUCCGGACUUUAUCACGAAAUCCGUCUCGGGCGAACAGCGGCAGGAACGCCAGUACUCGCCCGUCUACCGACCGGAGUUGGACAACGAUGAGCUUACCCGGGCCCUGACCAGCGAUCCGGAUCCGGUUGCACUGGAGGCUGCCAGCUUGGAUCGGGAGAUUCUCGGUGAUCGCAGCACCAACGAAAGCGAGAGCGAAGAGCGCCUCGAGCCACGCAGCAUACCGUCGUACUUCUUCCGGCGAACCGGGGAGGUCAGUUAAACCCCUAACCCCCGCCCUCCGAUCAACCAACCAAACAAACAAACAAUCAAACAAACACACCCCUCUCACCUUUAUCAUGAAUGUAGCGUGUUAUUAUGGGAGAACAGCUCGCACGCGAAUGCAUUUCCGUUCUGGCAACCUGUCUGUCCAGUUAUAACUGUUUAUUUUUUUUUUCAAAAUAUGUUUUUUAUCUCUAAUCCUCCGAAACAACGAGAUGCCAUAGAUUUUAACUAAUUUAUUGUUGUUUCUUCUAACCUUGUUUAUUUGAAAAUAUGACCCUGGUUUUACUCUAAUCUGCUUGUUGUAUGUGUCCCACCCCUGGUAUACCUAUAAUCUGCCGAUAUUGUUGACCAUGGUGACGAGCGUUUGUGUAUUUGUGUGUGAACGGUAUUUAUUCUAACCUCAAAGGGAGUAACGCCCUACCCGUAUUUCCGUAAUUGUUUGUUUAAUACUCUUCUCCCCCCGCCCCUCCUUCUAGAACGUAAGCGUGUAAAGCGUGCAAUGGUGAUUCAACUUCACUCACAAACACACUCACACACACACACAGCGUGAUUGACUGCUCUGCUCCCUUGUUCUGAGAUUUUGUGGCUGAUGUUGUUGUUGUUGUUGAUGAUGCACUUUGAAUCUUUCCUCUAAUCUGUGUAUGUUCGUAUGUGCGAGUGGUUGCGAUAACAUAACCUCACCUUUUUUUUCCUCCUAUUAUUCUUCGAAGCACCCUAGCACUACCAGAAUGAACUGCACCCGUUUGUUGUAUUUCUUUUUCUUUUCUUUGCACCGUUUAUAUCUUAACCAACUUCUUUCAGCUAUUGAUUUUUGAAGCAGGAUGUAAACAAAAACACUCUUUUAAACAAGUUAGUUUUUUAGCUAAACAACGCUAGUCUUUAAGUAAAACGGAACAAGCGCUGACGAACGCUAUUUAUUGCAAGUGACAGGAAGGUGUAACAGAGAGAAAUACUCCUCAAAAACAAAAUCAAAGUGUGCUGUCCCAAAGACUUGCUUAAAAGAAAGGAAAUCUGAAUCGGACAGUCGGCAUCGAUUUUGUCUUGUUUUUUUUUUUCGUCAGUGCAGAAGUAGCUUUUAUUGUAGGUAUAAAGAGAAAUACCAUAGAUCGUACUGGUUAGAUUAGGAUCGUGUUUUCACUCUAGAAUUGCGGAGGACAUUCCGCGUAAUACUGCUCUUACACCGACAGUUACAGUUUAGUGUAAAUAACAUUUAUUAUCACACUUUCUCUACCCGCUAGCACAUCUAUUCUGCGAAACGAGCAAAACAGACAAACAAACAAAAAUCGUAUUAGAACAAAACAAAACAAUGUGUAUAUAGUUGAAUAGUUUAUAGUCAUAUUUAAUACAUAAAACAUAAACAGAGAAGGGUCACGAGACCGUACUCAUUCUCUCACAGUAUAAACAAACAUACAAACAAACCAAGCUGUUAGCACUGUUUUUGUAUACAUAAAAACACUGGAACAAGCGUUCGAAAAUGUUCAAAACAAA